AUGCCACGUCUGACGUACAAGCCCGGUCAAGAACGGAUGAUUGCCCAGUACAUUGUCCGGCACGGGCUAACCCCAAGGUCGGCAAAGGCUGGUGGGAACCCUGCGGAGCUCUUUGCUCGAAUGGGCUGCGUCGGGCCUCUUCACGCACGCUUCACCCAACAACGUAUUCUAGAAGCCGUCGAGAGACGGGCCAGCAAGUUCUGGAACUCGAAGCAAUACAGACCGAUAUGGGAAAGCAAAGAAAACCUCGCAAAAGAUGUGGCCGAGGAUGUUUGGAGGUAUCCUAUGUUCAUGCAGAAAUGGCUGGAUUCGGACUGGGACGGUGACACAGAUCCACCUGAUUGCAACAGCGACGACGACGACGACAACAACAACAACAACAACAGCGAAAAGGAUAAUAACAGAGCGGUUUCCUCUCGGGAGCGCGGGGAUAUUCCGCAAGGGCGUGUUUGUGACGGCCCAGCUACGCCGCCACAGACGCCACGUUACAUAUCCGUCAUUUCGACGUACUACGACUAUCUCCACCGUCUCAUCUUGGCCAGGGCGCGGUAUCACGACCUGUACAGACGGUUCGCCGUCCACGGUGAGCCACUGGAGGGUGAGAUCCGUCAGACGUUUGCCCAAGUGGGGGAGCUGUUGGCAGGGCUUCGUGGUCUCGAACAUACCAUGAUGGAGAGUUACAGGAGACUGCGCCUGACGGCCCAAGCUGCGGUCUUGGGCAAAGUCGCGGACGGGGAUAUCAAGGAGGGGAUUCUUCGUCUGGGAGUUUGGGGCGACGCAGCAAACAAUACCAACAUUCUCAUUCUCAUCCUCAUCCUCAUCCUCAUCCUCAUCCUCAUCCUCAUCCUCAUCCUCAUCCUCAUCCUCAUCCUCAUCCUCAUCCUCAUCCUCAUCACCUUCAUCACCUUCGUCACCUUCAUCACCUUCGUCACCUUCAUCACCUUCAUCACCUUCAUCAUCAUAGCCUGA